AUGUUCUCCAAAGUGGUUGCUCUGUGCGCUUUCGUGGCUGCGGCCCAGGCUGGUCUACUGACUGCACCUGCACACUACUCUCCCGCUGAAGCAGUUUCUUCCCAGAGCAUCGUCCGUCACGACCAGGCCCAUGCUGCUCCCGUGGCUAAGCUCGCAUUCGCCGCUCCCGUAGCCAAGCUCGCCGUCGCCGCUCCUGUGGCUUACCACGCCGCUCCCGCUGUGGCCUACCACGCCGCUCCUGCUCACUACUCCUCUGCUGCCGCCGUCUCCUCCCAGAACAUCGUGCGUCACGACCAGUCUGCCCAACACGCUGCUCCUGCUCACGUUGCCUACCAUGCAGCCCCUGCCGCGGUCGCCUACCACGCUGCCCCAGCCCCCGUCGCCUACCACGCUGCCCCAGCCCCCGUUGCCUACCACGCUGCACCAGUUGCCAAACUUGUCGCUCAACAAGAAGAGGUUGCCUACCCCAAGUAUGAGUACACAUACUCGGUUGCUGAUGGCCACACUGGUGACAACAAAUCCCAGCAAGAGUCUCGUGAUGGUGAUGUUGUGAAGGGCUCUUACUCUUUCCACGAAGCCGACGGCUCCAUCAGAACUGUAGAGUACACCGCUGAUGACCACAACGGUUUCAACGCUGUUGUGCACAACUCUGCGCCCACUGCCGCGCCAGUCCACAUCAAAGCUGCGCCCGUGCUUGUAAAGGCCGCCCCUGCCCUCAAGUACUACCACCACUAA